CGUCAAAAAAUUGACCGUCGUGAAACAGUUGCCAUUAUCGAGCCUAGCCCUUCCGCUGGAUAUACGAAACGAAACGAGACAAGUAUUCGUCCUCGACGAAGCAUUUCAUGCCCACAACUUGGACUCAAUUUACGAAUAUACCACGAGAUAUUUCGACGUGCCAUGUCGAUGCGAAAUCAGGAAAACUCAACUGAUCCGACUGAUUCAGAAGCUGAAGAGGACGAUGCUGAUGAGGAUGAGUUGGAUUAUCCGGUCACACCCAGAACUGGUAAACGGAGCAGCACGCAACAGAGAACAAAUAACUCUGAAGUGUCAGGAAAUCCAUCUUCGCCGAAAUCUGAAAAGAGUGAAGAAGCUGAAGGAAUUGUGCAACGUGAAGAAAUAAAAUUUGCGGAACGUAUGAUGCGAAAUAGCAGUCCUUUGACAGCAGCCGAUUACAUGGUGGAGAAACGGUUGCAAAUGAGGGUUCUUGGACAGAAACGUCAACAACAUCAGCAGUGCGGUUUGGUAAACGGAGAUGCAACCAGUCGAACCAUCAUUAGAUCUCGUGCUGUUGCAGUCCCUGAUCAUUCUAUCCCGUCAGCUUUUCCAUCACCUCCUACAGAUAGUGUUCAUACUCGAACGCCGAUCGACGACGAACCGAACAAUGCUGAGGAUAUGUCAGGAAGACUGGAGCGGGUUGCACUGAACGAGGUUGAUGAUGCACGAUCUACGCCUACCACUCACGCUUCAGAGGACUUUGAUGAAGACGACAACGCGUCCACAAUACUGCUCGACCAGUAUCUGCCAAUUCUAGCAGCGUAUUUCGCGCAAUGCCUUGUUGUGAUCUACAUUCAAAAAUUGCAAUUAGCUGUUCACUUGGCUUGCAUUCCUGUUGAAUAUCCACAUUUGUGA